UGAUGUCUAUUCUGCUUAUCUGCAGUGGGGUGUAACCAUGGAGAAAGCCAACACCAGUUUCCCCAGUUAUAAUGAAUUAGAUGACUACCUCAACAAACACAACUCCAACUUUGUGUGGCUCCUCGUGGCCACUAUUAUGUCAUGCGGAUGGAUCAUAUACCUGACAUACUACAAUUCCCGUAAUAUUGGACUCGUCCUCACCCUCAUCAUUAACCGUCUCUAUAAGAAUGGAUACAUACACAUUGGUUCAUUUUCAUUCUCUGUGCUGUCUGGCAAGGUCAUGUUUCGAGAUGUUUAUUUCAUCAGUGAAGACAUGUCGAUCAGAAUUCAAGAUGGGUUACUUAUAUUUCGUUGGUGGAAGAUGUACAAUCCCAAACAGAAACAACAUGACCCAAAGGCUGAGACACGGCUCUAUGUCACGCUUAACGGAUUUGAGUUCCAUGUGUAUAAUCGCACGGAUCUGUACACACGGCUACAGGAAAUAUUUGGCCUAGAGCCCACCCUUGUCCCGCCCCACCGGGAUGAGGAGAAAGGGCGAGAGCAGAGAGAAUCCAUGGAGAGUGUUCACAUCAAAGCUGAGACUCCGGACCCGUCAUCUUCCUGGAGGUCUCUCAUCCCCGUCAUCAAAGUCAACAUCAGUACAGUGAGUCGUGUAGCAUUCGGCAAUCACCAUCUUCCCCAAACCCUGUGUAUGAACUUUGACGAUGCCUUCCUGACAUAUGCCACAAAACCACCAAGCAGCCACUUAGAUCAGUUCAUGCACAUUGUGAAGGGUACUCUGGAGAACGUCCGCGUCAUGCUGGUGCCCAGCCCACGAUACCUGGGCCUUCAGAAUGAUGAACCUCCCAGGCUCAUGGGAGAGGGCUUUGUGGUCAUGCAGUCGAAUGAUGUCGACAUCUACUACUACCAGGAUGAACCAGGUUUGGUCCCAGAGGAACUGGAGAAUGGAGAUACAGAAGCCUGUUCUGAAGAUGCCAAGCUACAGGACUUGCCUCCGUGCUGGGGUUUGGACAUUGUGUGUGGCAAAGGAACAGACUUUAACUAUGGCCCAUGGGCCGACAGACAGAGAGACAGCCUGUGGAAGUUCUUCCUGCCUGCAGACUAUCAGCAAAUGAAAGUGAGCGAUGUUGCCACACCAGGCAAACCCCGAAAGAUCCUUGCGUUUGAGCUGCGUAUGAACAUCAUAGCUGAUGCGACAAUAGACCUGCUAUUCACAAAGAACAGGGAGACUAAUGCGGUCCAUGUGAAUGUAGGAGCAGGUUCUUACCUCGAGGUCAACAUACCCAUGACUGUUGGGGAGAAUGGUUAUUCUCCCACUGUUAAAGGCCAGUUAUUACAUAUAGAUGCAACCAGCAGUAUGCUGUACAGGACACUGCUAGAGGCUGAAAUGCUUGCUUUCUACGUCAUAGCCAGCUAUCCACGCGUUUGGAAUAUGCCUCAGUCCUGGCAGUGUGAGAUUGAGGUUUACAAAGCCACGUACCACUUCAUCUAUGCACAGAAGAACUUCUUCACGGAUCUGAUCAAGGACUGGGCCAGCGACAGUGAACCGGACAUCUACUCAUUCGUUCCAUAUUCAUGGAAGUUUAAGAUACUCUUUCACCAGUUUGAGAUGAUUUGGGCUGCCAAUCAACACAACUGGAUUGACUGCUCCACCAAACAGCAGGAGAACGUUUAUCUUGCUGCCUGUGGGGAAACGCUGAAUAUUGACUUCACUUUGCCAUUUAACGAUUUUGUCCCGACCACCUGUAACACACGUUUCUGUUUGAGAGCUGAGGACACAGAUAUGCGCCUGUGUCUGCCUGACUGUCACCCCAGCCGGUACCCGCUGCUCACCCUCACUAAAGAUUACCAGCACUGUAAGACCCAUCCAGACAACAAAAUGCCAGCAGAAGGGCAAGGAGCACCUCCCAAAAACAGCAAAGCCCGCUGGAGGAACAUGACUAAUGCAGAGGCUGGUUGGGUGGACUGCUGGAGUGUGCCGAACUUCAUGCUCAUUAUAGACUAUACUUGGCAUCCCAUCUACCCUCAGAAAACUGAACAGCAGCUCAAACAAUCAUUGUCAGAGAUAGAGGAGUCCAUGCUGUCUGCACUGCGACCGCCAGAACACCCUCGACCCCUGCCUCCUCCACCUCGAAUCUCCUCUGACCCCAGUUUGCUGCCCCCUGACCGCUUACAUGUGGAGAUGGAGCUGAGCCCCGAAUCCCACGUCACCCUUUAUGGCCCUCUCCUCAGAGCACUGGUGUCCAUCAAGGAGAACUACUUUGGAGAGGACGACAUGUACACAGACUUUGAGGAGUCUCUAUCCAGCCCUGUGCUGAGCUCCUGCUCUUCUUCAUCUUUUUGGCCUGGGGUGGGUCUGGAGGAGAGCCGCUCUAAAGACACACCCCACCCUCUCUCCCUACGGCCCUGGGACAUCACCGUACUCAUCAAUCUGCACAAAGUCCAUGGGCGGCUUCCAACGCACUGUAGCAGUGAUGGCCCAGAGGGUCCUGCGGGCUUCCUAGAGCGCCUGUGUUUUGAGAUGAAAAAGGGUUAUAAGGAGACCAUGCUACAGCUCGUUCUCUCGCCUCUACAUGUGUUUGUCAGUGAUAACUAUCAGCGGCCUGCUGUUGAUGCUGUGUUGAGAGAUGGACAUCUGAGCCUCUCGGGGUUGCAGAUGAGAGCCCACGCUAUGUUCUCAGCAGAAGGCUUACCAGCGGGCAGUGACACACUGGAAUAUGCUUGGCUCAUCGACGUUCAAGCUGGAGCUCUUACUGGAAGAGUCAGUGUGCCACAGUGCGCGUCGCUUCUGGAGUGGGGCGAGAGCUUUGUGUUUCAUGUAGUGUCCCGAGAGUUUCAGCUCCAGCAGCCAAAACCAUCUGUCACCUGCCAACAUGGAGUUGAUCGUAGAGUCUGUGAUGCCAAGCAUGCAGCCCUGCCUGGUCCCUGUCGUACAUCAGAGGAUCUGAAGUACACCAUGACUCGACUAACAGUUGACGGAGCCCAGGUUUUCAUUGUUGAACACGGCUGUGCAGCCAAUAUUAAGACCGGAGCCUUGCGGUUGGCCACAUGUAAUUUGCAUACAGCUGCUGUCGGCGAAGGCAUCAGUGCCGUUCUGCAAGACGUAGUGAUCGCUCAAUUCAUCGAACAACAGGAAGUUGCCCGGCUUGGCCUGCCUCCACCCCUCCUUCGGCGUUCUCAUUGGCUCGAAGCCGGUUCGGUGACCUUUAACCUCAUCACGGCUGAUGUGGCAUUGGCUGCUGACCAUCAAGCCAAAUAUGAGGUUCAGAGGCAGUUCCUGGAGCUUCAUGACAUGAAAACAAAAAGACUUUGGUUCCUUUGGCCUGAGGACAAAUACAAGCGAAGCCGUAAUCGCUGUGGUUGUCUUGGUGGAUGUCGUUUUUUUGCCGGCUCGGGUGGUGGCCUGGACUUCUUCCGCUUGGAGGAAAUUACACCCUCUUCAAGCUCCGCCUUCUCUAGCAUCAUUGCAGAGAGUGACAUGUCCUACGGCCAAUCAUUAUUACAUCCAGGAGAAUGGAUCAUCACUAAGGAAACUCCUAAACUCUCAGACUCUAAAGGUGUUGCUAUACGGAGAGAAACGUGUUCCCCUGCUCCGAUAGUGGACUUGGAGAAACGUGGCCAGCACCUCAGUCUGCAUGUACCUCAGCGCUCCCACAGCUCUGCCUCUUCCUCUGAGGAAAACUCUUCCUCCAGUGCUGCUCUGCCUCUGUUAGCUGGAGAACGAGAGAGUCCCUCCCCCUCUACAGAGUUAAUGAACGUAACCACUGACGGUCCAAUUCCUGAGGGUCCACCCUUGCGCUCUCCACUCCGCUCUCCUCUCAAGCGCCAGUCAUCUGUCCAAUCAGCUCGCCUUGGCAGCACCAAGAGCCUAUCAGCUGCCGUCUUCAUAGAGAAAGCCACUCCUCCUACUAGUGUGCAGUUUAGCAGCGAGGUUUCCCGUAGCGAUGAGAAUGUUCUGGACUCGCCAAGGCAGAGAAGAAGCUACGGGUCAUUUCCUUUCACUCCAUCAGCGGAUUCUAGCACAUUCCAUCAGUACCGCUCAGCCGACUCCUCCAUGUCUGUGGCUGACAGUGAAGCCUAUUUUAGCGCUAACGAGGAGUUUGAGCCAAUCAGUAGCGAUGAAGGUCCAGGUACCUAUCCAGGGAGGAAACGCAGACGGAGACAGGGUCAACCUCACACAGAACACAGUCGUACAUCUAUAUACCACAGUGUGGAAGGUCCUCUGUCAAUUGCUGAGACCCGUCCACCUCUGCUGCCUAGCCACACUUCUCAAGCCUCAUUUGUCUCUGCACUCGGAUUGGAGGAAGAGGGCUCUAUUGAAACAGAAAAGGUAGAGCCUGGCCUCCUGACAACACAGCCACAUUUAAUGGCUUUAUACCAAAACUACCUUGCACAUUAUCAUGUUUCAAACUGGGCUGUUAAGCAACCAACCAAUAAGAGAACAUCUAAGUCAUCGCUGCAUCGUCCGCUUGACCUUGACACACCUACAAGUGAGGAGAGCUCCGCCUCCUUUGACCACUUGUCCAUACCGUCUUUUAAGAUGGUGAAGGGUGGUUUGUCUGCCACCUCACUAUUGGACAGAGGAGUUCGGCUCAUGAGUAAUAUAAACAGCACACCUUACACACCACUUAACAAGCAGGCAGUGGACAACACGGAUGAGGACACUGUGACAGAGGACUGGACUGCUGAUCAGCCUCUUGCCCAGACGAGAACCACAGCCAUUGUAGAGGUCAAAGGGGCAGUCAAUGUGGUUCUGACUCCUUUAGUAGCUGAAGCUCUAGACAGGUACAUUGAGUCGAUGGCUCACUUUGCCAGUAUUCGCCACCCUGCAUCAAUCCUGGAUGAUCUGCAUGGAAAAGUGCUUAAUGAAGUGUAUCAGAUCAGCAAAUCCACUGUCUCUGAGUCUAGCACAGCAAAGCCAGAGCACAAAAUAUCUAAAACAGAGGGAACCACCCCUGGGUCUCUGAGCACGCCGCAUGGACAAACUGAUCUGUCAAUCAAACCUGACAAUGUGAAGAUAAAGGGUUUGCAAGCUAAUGUGACUGUCCCAAAGGUGAACCUUUGUGUACUUCAGGCAUCUGUAGAAGAAGGUUCACCAUCCAAUAAGAGUGUCACACAUGUCUCUCUAGUGGCCUUGUGUUUUGACCGGAUUGCUACUCAGUUGCGCAUGAAUAGGGGCAUAGUGGAGGAGACAGAAAAGCCCUCUGUUAUGAUGGAGAAGUUUUCAUCUGCAUCUAAGAUGGCACCUCAGUCAAGCGGUUCUCUCCGCUCUAAUGCUGGGAUUGAGAAGGGCAAGGAGAUCGCAGCCAGACUCAACAUACACCGCAUACACAGCCAACUUCGUGGCCUGGACUCAUCAGACCUUGGAGCUUGUGCCAUCACUGCCAUUCCUUUUGAGAAGUCUAAGGUUCUCUUCAGUUUGGAGGAAGCUGAUGACUUUGUUUUAGUGGAUGAGACCCAGCCCUCUAUCUCCACUGAACAUGUCCCAGAACGCACCCCUGACCACGCUCGCUCUGGCGCCAGUCCUGAGAAAUGGGGUUGGAUCAUGUUUGAAUGUGGGAUUGAGAACCUCACUGUCAAAGGUGGGAGGCAGUCAGGAGCCGUUCUAUACAGUACUUUUGGGGUGAUGGGCGGGGCUGACAGCGGUGUCAGGGAUGGAGUCUCAAAAUCAAAUGAUUCUAGUGGUUCUCAGACAGGAAGUGGCUACAGCACUGAUGUAUCUGACGAUAACCUACCCAAUGAUGCGCAGAGCCCUGCUUCUGAACCCAACAACAAUUCAGACUCUGACGAACAGGAUGAGGGAGUGGAGUCAGAUGAUCUGAAAAAGGACCUGCCCCUCUUGCCUCCUCCUCCUGACUCCAGCAGUAUGAAGCUGACGAUAAAGGAGAUCUGGUUCAGCUUUGCUGCACCAACCAACAUCCGUUCUCACGCUCCAGCCAUGUCAAGGCAGCUGAAUCUGUUGAGUACUGCGACCCCUGCGGUCGGUGCAUGGUUGGUUCCCAUUGACCAGCUGAAGUCCUCCCUGCAGAAACUAGACAUGGAGGCCACAUUGCGUGUGUGUGCGGUCAUGGGCUGCAUAAUGACUGAGGCCCUGGAGAAAAAGAGUAUUCACAUUCCUUUUCGCAGCAAGUAUAACCGCGUUACAAAGCGAGCCCGAUAUCUUCAUGAGAACCCGUCCUGUUUGCUGUGUAAUAUUCUACAUCGUUACCUGCAGCAGGCUGAUUACAGAACCAUUGAAGAGGCCACCAUGAAUGAUGAACUGCCUGCUCUGGUCACCCUGAGGAAGGGUUUGGUGGCGCUUGCUCGUCAGUGGAUGAAGUUCAUCGUUGUCACACAGGGCUUUAAGGCGGUUGGUUUGCCACGACCCAAUCAGCUUCCUAAGCCCAAAGAGCAGGACCCCAUUGAUCCUGAUCAGACACAAGGGCCAGACUGUGGCACAGCCUUGCAGAGUGACACAAGUGCUGAUGGAGCUGAGUUUGAGUUUGAUGCAGGUAUUGUAAGUGAACAUACAAUGUUGUUAGAAGGAGUAUGUAGUCGUCCAGCUCCCACCGGUAACUCUGCCCCCGUGACUGGAGUCGAGAUCAUGAGAAAACUGUCCAAAUCUCACACACACAGCGAGUCUGCCCUUAGGAUCAAGGGUUCCCACCCCUACCAGUCCCUGAGCUACACGAGUGGAGAUACAGCAGCUGAUUCUCCUGCUCAUGUCAGUCGGACAGGGCUGCAGACCAAUCACAGCCCUCGGAAAGAGUCGUUGCUCAGUUACUUAACAGGAAGCAUCCACAGUCUGCACAACCUCCUUGAAGCCACGCCCCAUCGAGCAAAUGAACAAACCACAGCCAAGAGCAGCUCUCUGACACGUACAGGCAAUAAUGUUGGUGCAGACGUGUUAACAGAACAUCCUCUUCUACCGGAGCCGUUUUCCGUCAGCUUCUACAACUGGAUGUCAAAUGCUGUUGGCAACCGCACAGGCGGCCACGGCCAGGACUCUCCUCUCAACCGCUCUCAGCACAACAGCCUGCAGACCGGAGGAGUCCUCCCCACCAUUCCUUCUGCAUCUGAUUUUAACACUGUACUGUCCAGUGAUCAGAACACACUGGACACACACUCUCAGCACACACACUCCCAGCACAGCACAAGUGAAGAUGACCUGCUUGAUCAAGAUGAGACAAAUCUCUGCCCUGCAGCUGUGCAGCUAGCCGACGCACAGGUUGUUUUUAAGCCUUUGUUGAGUCACAUUGGUAUCCAGCCCCAGGAUGCUCCUCCACUUAGUUACAAGAUGUAUUUUGGGGAGCACCUGUCCUUCAGCGGCACUCUCGAGUGUUUGAGAGCUGACAUUGUCGACUCUGACACCAGCAAAGACAGGAAGAACAAACGAGCACAGAGGCAGGGAGUGAUAAACCCUCCCCCACUCGAUUUCAAGCCUGCCCUGAUGAUUGAGACGUUCAGUUUGAAUGCAGUCAUACUGGAGAAGUGCAUGUCAACCCCUCCCUCUGCCAGCGCGCUGUCCUUCCACGAGCUGAGCCGGAGACCCCAGGCCAGUGUGCACUGCCAUUUUACUCUUGCUUGCCAAGCGAUUCGCCAGCAUGUGGAUAUGGCCCUGGUCCGCCUCAUUCACCAGUUCAGCACGAUGAUCGAUGACAUCAAAGCCACACAGACUGACAUCAAGCUCAACCGCUACACUGCCGGCUCCUCUUCCCCAACGCCCACCAAGGCGCGGCCGUAUCGGGACUUUCGCUCUUCUGAUUUCAGCCGUAGUUCUCGUGGGAGCCUAAAUGGAGCUGCUCGACUGGGCACUCAGAAGGGCAAGCGGACUGUGGUCGGGCCAGGCCUAGACACGCUGACUAGGAAUCGAGAGCCUCGUGGAAGGGGGACACUGGGGCGUUCGGAGCGAAGGACAUCAAAAGUGUCUCGGAAGGGUUCGCGUGAUGUGGCGGACCACAUGACCAUUCAGAUGGAUGACUCAGACUCCAUCACAGUGUCAGAACAGAGCGAGCCGUCGGCCGAGUGCUGGCAGAACAUGUACAAACUUCUUAAUUUCUACUCGCUCAUAUCAGACCCCACAGGCAUCCUGGAGAAGAACCAAGAUAAUGUCCUCUCAGAGGGUGGACGGAGCCCUGCAGAUCCUCCAUGUCAUGUGGUGUAUGAAACUGAAGGCGAGACGCCGCCCAGUCGACUGGGUCGGAGGCGGAGCUUGGUAAGCUCUGAGCCCCAGCAUGUGACACUGAUCGUGUUCGGCGUUGGCAUGGUGAACCGCACACAUCUGGAAGCAGACAUUGGAGGACUGACCAUGGAGGCGGAGCUUAAGAAAAUACAUGGGAGUUUUACUCUAAAGGAGAAAAUGAAGGAUAUUCUCCAUCAGAAAAUGACUGAGACCUGUGCCUCGGCCCAUAUCGGAUGUGUGAACAUUGUGCUUCUGGAAGGAAUCACACCAGACAUACAACUAGAGGAUUUUCCAACCUCACCUACCAGCACAACCAAGCAGGAGUUCCUGACGGUGGUGAAGUGUAACAUUGCAAAGUCCCAGGCUUUAUAUAGCGCACAGCGUGGGCUGAAGACCAAUAACGCUGCCAUAUUUAAAGUGGGUGCAAUCUUCAUCAACAUCCCGCAACACCCUGCAACAUUGCACAGCAUGAUGGUCCGUAGCUCCCACCAGCUUUCAAAACAGAUUUCAGACCUCAUCCGUCAGCCAUCGAACAUCCCCCCGCCCAACCGCGAAGACACGCCUACUCCCCAGCCUUCUGAAGUGAGUGUCAAUCAAACUCCGGUGGAGGCCAUUGAGUUUCCUCAGCUGCCUGAAGGACUGGAAAAGAAGCCAAUCGUGUUGAAAUUCAGUGCUAUGCUGGAUGGGAUCACUAUUGGUGGCCUAUUGCCCUCUCUCAAAGCAGAAUACAAGAUGGGUCGCAUGAAGAGCCAUGGCAUGACAGGUGCUCAGACACGAUUCACUUUUGAACUACCCAAUCAUAAGCUGUGUUUCCAGUCGAAGGUUUCCCCUGUGGAUGUGUCGGCCAUGCCCCCCACUGCCAGCCUGACGCUGCCUCCCGUCACCAUGUCAGGACAGUACAUCAUACAGGAGCACGAGGGGCACAGCGACACUGCCUGGGCCCCAGGAUACAGCAAUUAUCUUCAGGGAAACUACCUGCGCUGUGUAGCUGAGAUUGGAUCUUUCGAACACAACUUGACUACAGAUUUGCUCAAACCAUCUAGUCUUCCUUCAGAAGGUAUUCAUGAAGGAGGUCAAUGAGGU